GGUCAUUACAUGUUAAUGCCAGUGUCUCUGAAUUACGUCAAAAUGACGUUUAUGUCAUAGUAGAGGUUAGAGGAUUCUGUUUGAAUUGAAACAUAACCUCAAUAAAUGUGAUGUGAUGUGAUACAUUUUACAAAUAUAAUAAUACACGCCACAUAUGAAAGGGUUAACAAAAUGUUUUAUUCACUAUCGCGAAUAGUCACACAACGUAAUUUAUUUGCGAGAGUUGGUUUAAGAGUAAUUAGCCAGAAUGCUUCUUCCGUAAAGGAGAAAUACAAUGACGAGCAAAUAGAAUACAUUAAAUCAAUUGCUGAAACCAAUCUAGAAGAUUGGAGUAGUUUUAAAAACAGUAUACUAGCAAAACAAGGCAAUGUUAAUCAAAAAAACAUAGAUGCGGUGAUACUAAAAUAUAUGACAUCGUUAAAAAAGUACAAUGUUGCAUUAUCAUUUGCCCAACAUUUAAAAAGUAAAGAGGAAGAAUUGUCUUUGGGUACAAUCAAUAGCCUACUACAUUUGUAUUAUGAAAUAUCAAAGAAUCAGAAACUAACAGCGGACCAAAUAAAAUUUAUUUUAGAAGCCCAUAAGAGCUUGCAUAGUAAAUACAAAGUUCUAGAGUAUAGUACAUGUGAGCGUCUCUUGCAUGCACUGUGUGCUAUAAAUGAAAUAGAGAAAGCCGUGAAACUACUAAGUGACAUACAUCUAACCACAACUCCAUCACAUUCAGCCUAUAGUACCCUAGUAGCAACCUUCUUCAACCUCAAUAAAAAGAAAAAGGCAUUAGAAUUAAUUGAUGAAAGUAUAAAGAAUAAAAGGCCUCUACUUGAAAAUGCUUAUGGAGCUUGGAUAGACUAUGUUCUUAGAAAAUAUAAAGACAAGAAAACUAUUCAGAAAUAUUUUGAUGAAAUAUUUUCAUUUGUGGCUAAAAAUUGUGCUGUUAUUCCUUUGAAGACUGCUAAUAAAUUAUUGGAAGUAUAUGACACUUUAAACUGGAAUGCAAAAUUUGCUAGGAUAAACAAAGUAGAUGGCCAGUGUUCAUGCUGUAAGGAAAAACUGGACUGCUUAACAUUAACCAAUGAUGAAUUCAACAUACUGCAAGGGAUAGUUAAAGACAAACUUAUAGUAGGUUCAGAUUUAUUUUUAAAAACAUCACCUGAAGAACUAAAGAGCUUUACCGAGUUUGUAGACAAAACUGCACCUUAUGACAUUGUUUUAGAUGGACUUAACAUAGCUUAUGGUGUUGGUAUGGCUUCACAUUUCGACAAGAUGCGGUUUUUGAACCAAGUUGUUGAUCAUUUUGUGAAACAGAACAAAAAGAUACUGCUUUUAGGCAGACAGCAUAUGAUGAGAUGGAAUAUGAAGUUAAUGCAACAAAUUAUGCGGAAAACUAAGUAUUUCUUUACUGAUAAUGUUUCUCAAGAUGACCCAUACUUUAUAACAGCAGCACUGCUCAGUGGUCCCCAUACUGAUAUAGUCUCCAAAGACCUGUUGAGAGGACACAAGUUCCUGUUAAAAGAUGAAAGUUUAAUGCACAUUUUCAAAAGGUGGCAAUGGCAGCACCAAUGGAUGAUAUUUCAGAAUCCUCAAAAAAGACCUUCCAUUCAGGCUCCAUUGAUGUUUACUCCCUGUGCACAAAAGAAAAACAACGUCUGGCAUCUGCCGUAUGAGCAGGAAGCGUCACCAGUUAUAGCGCACGUUAAUGACGGAGUACCAGACUUAUACAGUUGGAUGUGUUUAAGAAUUAAUAAAUAAAUAUGUUAAAAAGUUCUCCUAUUUCACUUUAUUGUACACCUAGCCCAAUCAAAACAAGCUUUCAAAAU